CAAAGUUUGUAUUAUCAAUACAGUCAUAACUUGAAUUGUUUUUUAAAAAAUAACAUGUUAAGUUUAUAAUAAUGGCUGCUAUAAAAUUGGAAAAGAAUAAUAUAAUUUGUCACGGAUGUUUGAGUGUGGAUCGUUCAUUGCUACCGAUUAAAAAAAAUAUGGAUCUCUAUUUUAUUUUGUUGGGAAAUCAACAAUUUUAUUCUGGUGAUGUAACCGGCCCUGUUUAUAUGUGUUUUGAGUGCAGAUCGCUGUUACAGAAAGUUGGAAUGUUCCGGCAAAGGCUUCAGAGAGCUCAGGAUAUGUUUUCUAAGAUGUUAUUGAAUUGGACACCAGGUAAAACGUUAUCACAAUUGUCCAUAAGCAAAAAUAUAGAUUAUGACCUGACAUGUACCGAGAAUGACAACGAUAGCAAAAUAAAAAUAGAAUUAAACGAUUCGGGCAAUGAUUACAACGAGACAAUAGUUAAGGAGGAAUUAGAUGAUACGUUAAAUUAUAACGGAAUAGGUAAUAUUGAUAUCGGGUUGAAGAAAAUCAGGAGUGUAAGGAGAAAGUGCAAGAUAAGUGAUACUAGAUUUACCGAUGAUGAGAAGGAGAGUCUGGUUGUGCCGUUUUUGAUCAAACUCAAUGACGUUUUUGCAUUACCCAAGAAGAGGAACGGCGUCCAUUACAAGAAUAUGUUGGCGACAUGUAGUAAAUAUAUUGGUAAUUUGGCCGAAGUUAGGAGAAAUGAUCUUGAAAGAGUUGGGCCAAAUCUCGAAUGCACAGACUGUGGUGCACAGAUCACAGACCGGGAUAUGAUGGCGCACUGGGACGAGCACAGAGUACACCUGCACAGAUGCAACCUCUGUGACGUCAUCUCCAGGUCAAGGAAGGAGAUCAUACAGCACAUAACAGAAGUGCACACCAAGGUUUACACCUGCAAGGAAUGCGGGAUUAAAUGCUGGAAAUUGCAGGAGUUCAAUAAACAUUACCGGAACUUCCACAAAUACUUCGUGUGUGAUCAUUGUGAUAAAAAGUUCUAUAGCAAGUCUGUCAUUGAGAGGCAUAUCAGAUGUCGUCACCUCCGCCCCCCGCCGCCGGAGCCCCCGGAGCAAGCGUACUGUGUGGAGUGCGACCGAGUAUUCCCAAGCCAGCAGAUGUACAGGAGACACCUGAGGACAGCCGCCGCUCAUCGACCGCCUAAAAACACCAAGGUGCCGUGCCCGGACUGCGGGAAGACGUUUAGCAGAAAAGUGUACAUGAACAAUCACCACAAGCAGGUCCACAGGCGGGACUCGCCGCACUACUGCAGGGACUGUGACAAGUACUUCAUCAACGGCUACGCAAUCCGCACCCACGUUAAAUUCGUCCACGAGAAGAGCGAGAAACCCAAGAACAAGAUCUGCGACAUCUGCCAGCGCGGCUUCCACACCAAUCGCGUGCUGUCAAACCACCGCCGCACUCACACUGGCGAGAGGCCGUACUGCUGUGAACACUGUGGGGCGGCGUUCGCUCAGCUACAGGCUAGGAAGACUCACGAGAGGACGCAGCACAGGGCGGCACAGUAGACACACACACACUAUGAUAAAGACAAUAAUAAAUUGUGCAAGGGUGUAUGUACACAGAGAAAUUGAUACAAACACACACACAUACAAACAAUAUUAUUAAUAAUAAUAGUGUAAGACAAUAAUGACGUACAUUGGUAUCUGGUGAGACACACACAAACACACAAAUAUUGCAUAUUAUUAACUACACACAUGUAUAUAUAUAUAUAUGGAAUAUAACACACACAUAUAUCUUAAAUAUUUUUUAUUUGUAUCAUUUUCUGAUAUUGCAACAAAAAAUUGAAAUUUUUGACAAUAAUAAAAUUAAAGAUGGCGUCAUUCAAGAUAAGAAAAAACAGAGGAUAAGAACAGUAACAUUAUUGUAUAUAGAGUAAAAAUGAUAGUUUUGCUCAAUAAAUCCUGGACCUUUUUGGUGUUUCAA